UUUUGCAGAUAUCUCAAUGGGAAAGAGAGUGAAGCAUCUCGUGGAAUCCCACACGGGUGGUUGGAAUAAAAGAAAGAGACAGGAAAAGAAGUUGCCGCAGGAAGAAAUUGGUGAAGAAAGGAAGCAGGUCGAGAAGAAGAGGAAGACCGACGACCGUGGUUUCAUGGAGACAGAGUCCUUUGCUGUUCUCGAUUUAUCAGAGCCAACGAUAAACGCCAUUAAGGACAUGGGUCAUCAGUACAUGACUCAGAUCCAAGCACAAGCAAUUCCACCACUUUUACUCGGCAAGGAUGUUCUUGGAGCUGCAAGGACUGGAUCGGGGAAAACGCUGUCCUUUUUGAUACCGGCUGUUGAGUUGUUGCAUCAACUAUGUUUUAAGCCGCGCAAUGGAACUGGCGAUAUAGUCAUUUGCCCGACUAGGGAAUUGGCGAAACAGAUUCAUAGGGAAACAGAAAGGCUUCUCAAGUAUCACUCUCAGACGCUAGGCUUGGUAAUCGGUGGCGUGUCCAUAAUGCAAGAAGCGAAUCAUUUGGUCAAAGGAGUAAAUAUUUUGAUUGCAACCCCCGGACGGCUUCUUCACCAUCUUCAAAGCACAAAGGGCUUUACCUUUAAAAACCUCAAGUGCCUUGUCCUUGACGAAGCUGACAGGAUUCUGGAGGAAAAUUUCGAGAAAGAAAUUAAUCAAAUCAUUUCUAUUUUGCCAAAGAUUGAGGAUCUUGCACGCAUAUCAUUUAAGGACAAGCCUAUUUUUAUCAACGUGGAGGAGAAGAGGAAGAGGGUCACGAAUGAAGGGCUGCAGGAAGGCCAUAGCAUCGUACCAGCUUCCAAGAAAUUCAUUCUUCUCUAUGCAUUCUUAAAGAAGAACGUGUCUAAGAAAGUGAUGGUUUUCUUCUCGACAUGCAAAGCUGUCAAAUACUAUUCCGAGCUUCUUAGGUACAUUGGGGUUGACUGCCUUGAUAUUCAUGGAAAACUGAAUCAGUCCCGACGGGACUCGGCACACAGCAGUUUCUCCAAAGCUGACAAAGGCAUCUUGUUAUGUACUGAUGUAGCUGCCCGUGGCCUUGAUAUUCCUGUAGUGGAUUGGGUCGUUCAGUUUGAUCCCCCUGCUGAAACUGAGAGUUAUAUCCAUAGGGUUGGUCGCACAGCACGUGGGGAUGGUGCUAAAGGCAAUGCCUUGCUUUUCCUCAUUCCCGAAGAGAUGCAGUAUCUUGGAUAUCUAAAGGCUGCUAACGUACCUAUCAACGAGUAUGAAUUCAAUGAAAAGAAGCUGCCUCACUUGCAGCCAGUACUUGAAAAGUUGGUGGCCAACAACUACUAUCUCAACAGGUCAGCUAUUGAAGCAUACAAAGCACACAUUGAAGCGUACAAGGGACUGGCUGCUGCUUUUGGCCUUUCGUGUCCUCCAAGGGUCAAUUUGGACAUUAGUACUCGGGCGUCAAAGGUUAGGAAGCUGCCGAGGAAACGAAAACAUGCUUUCGACCAUGGGAACCCGUAUGGAAGACAAGACGUGCAGUUUGUCAGAUAU